AUGCGGUUAUUUGAUAUUGAUUGGUCGGUAGCUUUAGAUGCGAGUCCGAGGUUAGAGCUAGCGGCUUCGCAGAGGGCGGUCGAAGAUGAGGUUCUUUUCAAUGAGUUUAUGAAUAACGGCAUUAACGUGCUUCAUUCGACAACAGCAAGAGAUACCAUGCUUCAUCCGCGUCUUCCGCAGCUUUGUCAAGAAUCUAGCGCCUUGUAUUCUAUCUGCAUUGUAUUCCAACUCGCAUUAUCGAGUACAGUCAGUUCUCAAUUCUGCGAGUACUUCGACACUGCAUUAAGGACCUUUCGAUCAGAACUAGCGUGCAGCACAACCCUAUCUGAUGGGACGUUGACUUCGGGGUUGCUGCUGUGUAGCAUCGGGCUGAUGCACGGCCUGCCUUGGAGUAUGCAUUUAGAAGGUAUGCACAAAAUUCUGCAGAGCCACGGCCUCGAUGAUUUGCACCAUCAAUCUACCCAAACUCAAUUUCGUAUCCACCUCCUCGAGGUGAUGGGGGUGUUGGACCUGGCCUGCUUUUCGGUCGGUCGCCAGGCUCCAGGGAUUGGUAUCUGGCGCCGGUAUUGCCAGCCCGCGAUACCGAGGUAUGGUAUUGAGUCGGUCAGCGGUCUUCCUCGUACACUACUUGAUAUUUUUGCUGGGAUAGGCGCAGAGACUACGGAGCAGACUCUUUGGGACUGA